GUUACUAUCAGAAAUCAGGCAAGGACGCCAGCAUUCCUUUCCCUACCUCCACACACCCGAGGCAACAACGCCAGUGUUUUCUUUUCGCACUGCACUCAUACAUCAGCGAAAAACGCCAGUGCAUCUUUCAUCACGACCAUUUUUUCCUAUCCAGGGACGACCGCCAACAUAUAUUCACUGUCCACGGGAAUUAAGCAACGACACUGAUAUCAUCUUUCUUCAGGACACAGCCAUGGAGUUUACCCAGGAUCAACAGCCACCAGAUGACGCCAGCCAAGGUCAGGAUAGUGAUGCAGAGAAGCCACUGUCCCCGCUUGAAGCCCGCAUCCAGUUGCUCGCGAGAGGGCAGGAGCAUGUCAGGUCGUCCCAUUCACAGCUUCAAUCUCUUGAAGCCAUAGAUCUAAUGCUCCUGGAAACUGUCAACGCGCGUUUGACCGUUGGAGAUACGCUAAUGUUCAUGGAGUUCCCGAAGAAUUACAGGAAUUGCAAUUGUCAUGAAUGGGUCUCGACCAAGUUUCUCAUGCACAAAAAGAAUCUUGACAAGACCGGCUCAGCAUUCCUGGAAGAGCUCUUGUCUCCCCGAAAGCAGAAGAGCACACUCCAUCGUCUCCACCUGACUGAGGCUGAUCUACCUCCAGGGGUUGAUUACAUCAUCAAUCUCACGCCCGCAUCUGAGGGCGAUGAUGUGGCAUCGCAACUAGUCGACUUGUCGCUCCCGACGAGCGUCUCGGAGUGGUGGCAAUCCAAAGAGAGAUUCUACGUAUCCAGAUUCAGAGUGUCGGGCCACGACGACAAUUGCGUAGAUCACUUGGCAAUUCCCCUCAACUGUACCAAAAUGCCGACCUGGUUUGCGCCUACAGACAAUAGCGAACGUCGUUGGGAGCAGUGGGGUGAGCCUUGGGACCGGCCGGUCAGCCAGGACAUACCCACGGUGGAUUUGGAUGAUUUACUACCUUCGCCGGCCCGAUCGAUUGAGGACUAUUGCCCGAUUCGACACAGAGUCAACAUCCUAAGAUUAUUCCUGGCAAUCGAGGGUUAUCUACCACUCUGCUUGAAUUCAGCCCCUCGAGUGCACACCAUCACCGCCAUUGCUAAGUAUUUCGAGUGCACCAGCGUUGUACGUGAUGCCGUCGCUGUGUGGCUUUUGGCAGAGCCCAAUACUCUCUUCACCGAGUUCCACCCAGAGGCAGCUAUGCAGAUCGCAUGGACUCUGCACAUAUAUGACGUUACACGUGUUGCCUUUCGUAUCAUUGUCGUUGAGAAGGCAAUCGAAGCUCUCGCCAACGAUUCGGCGCCAAAUCAUCGUCGAAACCCUACUGCAACCGUCUUUGGCCGUACCUGCGUGGAGCUCCCUGAUGAUCUCCAGAAUGCCGUGCAACACGCAAGCAUGGAGCUUGUUGAUCGUACCAAGGAGACUUGGGAUCUAUUGACAAGUGACCAUCUCUUCAGUGAUCUUGGAAUUCCCGAAUGGGCCAAGUUGAAGGUCCUUGGGCAUAAGAUAGGCGCGAUCCUUCCUAGCGACUCUGGCAAUUCCAAUCCUAGAGCAGGUGCUGCCCUCGAUUCUUCUCGGCCUGACGCUGUUAAACGAACCAGAGAGGCAUUCAUUGCUUUAGCCGACGCUCUUAACCAUUGGUGGAAAACAGUGCUGUUCAGAGCGGAAGCUACCACUGGUCACGACCAUCACUUUGAGUUGGUUGACGAGGCCCGAAGUUGUUAUGUCCCAAGAAGCACAAUGGUUCAUUAUAAUGUUAUCUACCAAAGAUUCAACGGCCCACAACGCCUAUUGCUUCGUCGUCCAUGGGAGUUGCUACGUCAACUCGUUGGAAAAACUAGUCUGCACAAAUCGCCUCUUGUCAGCGAACUUUAUGUCCAGCUGAGACAGAACGAGCACCUUUUCCCGGACCUAGACAGCACCGACCUGGAUGACAUGUUCUCUAUAGGCCAGUUCCACAGCGAGCUGAUACAGCUGCUCGAGCGACAAUUCAUCAGCCCUCAGCUGUCCGUGGAUGUUGAACUCCCAUUGAAGAAGACCCCGCACCUGAACUUGAACCUCAACGAAAAAGAGAUGAGCUUCCUGCCCUUGUGGGCUGAAGGCUUGGACGAUGGACGAGGAAAUGUGUACGAGCAUGCCAGCAGUGCAAACCCUUACAACGGGCCGGGACCAUCACGGCCCGGUCCCGGGUUCCAUACCGCUGAUUCUAUCUCGGUGUACACAUCGAGCAUUGCACCGUCUGCACCAACCAUCAGUUACGGCGGCACUACGUCGUCCCCCACUGCCGGGAGAUCAGUCAUUGCAGCUCCCAGCCAGGCAGCUGUAGGUGCGACCACAGGCGACAUGACAUCAUCAGCCGACUUCAGCACCGCGCUUACUCUCAGCGAAGGCUCAGUACAGGGCGAUAGUAGUGACAUAGAUAUGUGGUCUGUGACCAGCGAUGACCAAGAACAACAGUGGAUGAAUUAAGUCGGAACGCAGGAUUGGUGCACAAUGACGGUACCUAUGGAACACCAAAGCGAAAUUAACAGGUUGACAUUCAGAGCUCGAAAAUGCAAGUCUCAUGACAACAUAUGUUGAAUCUAUGGAUAGCCUGGGAUUCUACAUUUGC